AUGGCUUCGAUCAGCAGCUUGAGCCAUUUGAUCAUUGUCUGUGGUCAUGCUAUAUAUACUGGGGGCCCAAACCACGGAGCUAGCGAGAGCGAAUGGUUAAUAGAAUCCUUCCAGAAGGGCGAGACGCCGACCUUUGUCAACCAUGCUAAGGCGGGACUGCGAGCGCUGGCAGAUGAUCCCCAGGGUUUACUUGUUUUCUCGGGCGGCGCAACGAAGAAGCUGAGAACAGAUCUCAGCGAAGGGCAAUCAUACCUCAACCUUGCCCUGGAGAACAACUAUUUCCAGAAUGAAGCUGACCGGCCCCGAAUCGACCCAUCGAGGGUUAUCGCCGAACCUCAUGCAACAGAUUCCUACCAAAAUGGGUUGUUUUCGCUGCUUCAAUUUCGAUUCUACACAGGUGUUUACCCACGGCGCGUGACUGUCGUGACACACGAGUUUAAGCGAGCGCGGUUUAUGGAAUGUCACUUUCCUGCUCUGGGAUUAUUGCCUCUCUCUGGUAGAGAAGAGUUCAUCGAUGCUGACAGGGUUGCUGUGAUUGGGAUCAAUCCUCCAGAGGAAGUCACCACCGCAGAAUCUCUCAUCCAAGGCGAAUCACUGAGAGGGAUUGGACUAUGGAGACGAGAUCUAUACGGCGUGGCCCAAGACCUUGCAGGGAAACGGAGCAAUCGAGGUUGGUCUCCAGGCAUGACGCAGCAAGAGUUUGUCAACAGGGGCCUCGAGGAUGCCGUGGAGCAGUUGGUCUGUUGGGACGGUGGAGCAGGGAACGAAUGGUUCCCGAACAUGUCAGAAUUGCCCUGGUACUAUGGGAACUCGGUAUGA